GCCGGGAAGAGUUCUCCAGGUCCUCACUGCAAAAUGGGGCUCCCUGGCAAUUUCGUACUCUGGAUGAUGCUGGCCUGCUGCUGUGGUACUGCUGCUUGUUCCUUGUGCUGCAAAUGCUGCCCCAAGAUAAAGCAGUCAACCAGCACCCGCUUCAUGUACGCGCUUUACUUCAUCCUGGUGACCAUCAUCUGCUGCAUCAUGAUGUCUACAACAGUAGCCAAUGAAAUGAAAACUCACAUUCCCUUCUACAAGGAGAUGUGCAAGGGUAUUCAGGCGGGCGAGAUGUGUGAGAAGCUGGUGGGAUACUCUGCAGUGUACAAAGUCUGUUUCGGAAUGGCCUGUUUCUUCUUUUUAUUCUUCUUGUUCACCAUCAAAAUUAACAACAGCAAAAGCUGCCGAGCAUAUAUUCAUAAUGGAUUCUGGCUUAUUAAACUUAUAGUUCUGGCAGCAAUGUGCUCAGGAGCCUUCUUCAUUCCUGAUCAGGACACUUUCCUCAAUGCCUGGCGCUACGUGGGAGCGACAGGAGGGUUCCUUUUCAUUGCCAUUCAGCUCAUCCUGCUGGUUGAGUUUGCACACAAGUGGAAUAAAAAUUGGACUGCAGGUGCAAACCACAAGCAGAUGUGGAAUGGUUUGCUUGCCUUGGUCACUCUCCUGCUGUACUCCAUUGCUGUGGCUGCUCUGGUCCUCAUGGCUCUCUUCUACACGCGCUCCGAGGGCUGCAUGUACAACAAGGUGCUGAUUGGAGUGAACGGUGGCCUGUGCCUCUUUGUGUCCCUGGUGGCCAUAUCGCCCUGUGUCCAGAACCGCCAGCCCCAUUCUGGCUUGCUGCAGUCAGGAGUUAUCAGCUGCUAUGUCAUGUACCUCACUUUCUCAGCACUAUCCAGCAAACCACCAGAAACUAUCCUGGAUGAAAACAACCGGAAUAUCACAAUCUGUGUACCUGAAUUCAGCCAAGGCCUGCACAGAGAUGAAAACCUGGUUACUGGCUUGGGUACUACCAUUCUGUUUGGCUGCAUUUUAUAUUCUUGUUUGACCUCAACAACACGUGCAAGCUCAGAGGCACUGAGAGGAAUAUAUGCAACAGCUGAAACCGAAGUAGCUCGUUGCUGCUUUUGCUGUGUACCUGACGGAGAUGCUGAUGCUGAAGAGCAUGUUGAGAAAAGAGGAGGCCAGACUGUGGUUUAUGAUGAGAAGAAGGGCACAGUGUACAGUUAUGCCUACUUCCACUUUGUUUUCUUCCUGGCUUCUCUCUAUGUGAUGAUGACAGUAACCCAUUGGUUCCAUUACGAAAGUGCUCAGAUUGAAAAAUUCUUCACUGGAACCUGGUCUAUCUUCUGGAUUAAGAUGGUCUCCUGUUGGGUUUGUGUCUGUCUAUACUUAUGGACUCUUAUUGCUCCACUUUGUUGCCCAACCAGAGAGUUCUCAGUGUGAACAGUUAAAAGGUCAUUUUAAGUUUCUCUUGGUUUUUUGUGUUUUGGUUUGGUAUUUUUUUUUUUUUGAAUGAGGAAACACCUAUUAACAAGUUAUCAGAAUGUACCAGUUAUAACCUUUUUAGUCAGACAAAACAAAUGAUUGAAGACUUUUUUUACCAUUUUUUAUUAUCAUGAACAAGCAUUGCCUAAGGGAAGAAAUCUGUUUUGAAACUUUACAGUACAUAUGUAUGGUGUGUAGAAAACACAUUUGUUGCAUAAUGCAUAAACUGGAAUAAGUGAAAUACUCUUCAAAUAACUGACAAUCCUUCUCUGGCUUCAUUGACAAGAAAAAAACAACUCAUGGUGCAGAUGGUAUGUUCUUACUUCCCAUGAAUGUUUGGUAUCUUCCAGCAAAUAUGCAUUCAUUCCUUUUUAUACUCUUUCAUUAACUGUUUCUUUUACAGUUUGCAGUGAUGAUUUGGACUGCUGUUUUGUACAGCAUAUAAUUCUUGUAAGUAGUAUCCAGAUAAUUUUUUUCCAAAAAC